GGCAUGCGUAUUACGAUACCCAUGUGCCGAUGGUCAUAAACAUUGUACAGCGGGAAGAUGAAAGUGGCAGAAUAGUAGAAGAUUGAAUAGAAUAUUUCCAAUUAAUCCAGAACAGUAAAAAUAGAACAAAUCAAAGAAGUAAUAACUGCCAUUCUGAUUCCUACCAACUUCAAAAGUACCUGAUUUUACAGAUAUAUGCAAUAAUGUCUACAGAAGAAAAUAAGACUCCCCAGACACCAGGAGAUGUAAAACCACCAUGUACAACUUCAAAUCCUGUAUCAUCUACUCCAUCAAGUACAUUGACAUCAUCAGUCACAACACCCAAAACACCAUCAUCACAGUCUUUGAAACCUAAUUACACAUUAAAAUUUACCAUGGCAGGCCAUACAAAAGCAGUCUCAUCUGUAAAAUUCAGUCCAAGUGGAGAAUGGCUAGCCAGUUCCUCUGCUGACAAACUUAUAAAGAUAUGGGGAGCUUAUGAUGGAAAAUUUGAAAAGACUAUUAGUGGCCAUAAACUAGGUAUUUCAGAUGUUGCUUGGUCGAACGAUAGCAGAAUACUUGUUAGUGCAUCUGAUGAUAAAACAUUAAAAAUUUGGGAUUUUGCUACUGGGAAAUGUAUGAAGACACUGAAAGGGCACAGUAAUUAUGUAUUUUGUUGCAAUUUUAAUCCACAGUCAAAUCUUAUUGUAUCUGGUUCGUUCGAUGAAAGUGUAAGGAUAUGGGAUGUAAAGACAGGAAAAUGCUUGAAGACACUGCCUGCUCACUCAGAUCCUGUAACUGCUGUACAUUUUAACAGAGAUGGUUCAUUAAUAGUAUCAAGUAGUUAUGAUGGUUUGUGUCGAAUAUGGGAUACAGCAUCAGGCCAGUGUUUAAAAACAUUGAUAGAUGAUGAUAAUCCACCAGUGUCAUUUGUCAAAUUUUCACCCAAUGGAAAGUACAUUUUAGCAGCAACAUUAGACAACACAUUAAAAUUAUGGGACUACAGCAAAGGAAAGUGUUUGAAAACAUAUUCUGGUCAUAAAAAUGAGAAAUACUGUAUAUUUGCAAACUUUUCUGUAACAGGAGGAAAGUGGAUAGUAUCUGGUUCAGAGGACAAUACAGUAUUUAUAUGGAAUUUACAGACAAAAGAAAUUGUACAGAAAUUGCAGGGCCACACAGAUGUGGUAUUGUGUUGUGCCUGUCAUCCCACAGAGAACAUUAUUGCAUCAGCAGCUUUAGAAAAUGACAAAACAAUAAAAUUGUGGAAAAGUGAUGUGUAGCAAAGAUCUGUCAGAUUAUUAUUUAUUAUUUUAUAUGUCUUGUCAAGGCAAUGUUUUUAUAAAACCAUGAAAUGCAAUCAUGAGAUCAUUACAGUUAGUCAUAAUGUUGUUUGUUCUUUGAUUGAAUGUCAGUUGUACAGGAUUUUACGUAAGAAUGAGAAAUUAACACAAUUCACCAUUUGGCCCGCCAUUCUUAGAACACUCAAUUUUAUAAUUUCUGAUGUAACCAUUGAUUUUGUAUUUCAGUUGAAAUGCAGCUAAAAUUUAUCAUGGUAGUAUUUUUGUGUCUGUUUAGAAAAAUUUGUUAAUAACAUAGAUUUUAUACACUAGAAUAUCUUAACUUGAAUUGAAUGAGUAUGUUUCUCAGGUUAAAACAGACAGAAAAUUCUUAGACAUGUGUAAGAAAUGUAAAUGGUGUAAUAAAUGCUCAUUAUAAAA